AUGCCCGCCUUUUUGAAACAAUAUAGCAGCUACGAAGAAGAGCUGUUCAUGGAUCGCCUCUCUCCCGACCUGCCCGUUCUUAACCUAUGCCACCGCCAUUGGAAGGGCAUUCGCCAAGCCACCACCAUGCAGGGCCUGCCCACGAUCAUGGGCACCUCCAUGGCCUUUCCGCGCUUCUUACACCGGAUAGAAUCUCUCAUUCAGACCAAGCAGGUCCAACACGUUGUCAUGCACGGCUGCAUCCCACACUACAAAAACGCCCUCGUUCACCUCAAGGAGCAGUAUCCUCACGUCAAGCUCUCCAUCGUCUACCAUGGCAGCUUUGCCCAGCACGUCGAUAGCUUUGCCGAUGUGCAGUGCGUCCAGAGCAUGUUUGAGCUGUAUUCUGCUGACAUCCUGCACAAGAUUGCCAGCGUUCGAGCCAGCCACGACAUUGACAUGCAGGAAAUGUUGGGCCGACCCGUGGCCCGCAUCGCCAACUACCCCCUCCUGCCCACCACCUUCCCCGUCCGUUUCUCGGCUUUUGAUGGCAAGGUUCACAUCGCCAUCCUGGCUGCCAGCACCAACUGGCGCAAAAACAUGAUUGUUCAGCUCAUUGCCGCUGCCUGCCACAUGCCCGACGCCGUCGUGCACAUGUCCCUCCCUCCAAGGAUGCCCGUCCCUACCUAUCUGGACUCUUGCGUGGGCCAGGUCAUCCCCUUCUCGCCAUCGGCCCACAGCAUCACGCUUGACCUCAUGCAGCGCGUAGAUCUCUGCUUUUACGUCACCUUUUCCGAGGGCGAUCCCAUGGUUCCGAUGGAGUGCGCCUCUGCCAGCGUCCCCACCCUCGUCGCUGAUGUGUCCGAUGCCUAUGACCUUGAUCUGGAGACCCGUCAGCAGCUCGUCGUCCCCACCCCCGACAGCCCUUACGCUGUGGCUGCCGUCGCCAAGGCCGCAUUGAAGCACUACGACAGCGUUCUCCAAAGCCCCGAAGCGCGAGCCCGCAACGUUUACAUGUAUGAGAUGGAGCGGCUGGACAUGUGGCUGGCAGAUGGUCUCCUGGCCAGCUCGGGCCAUCUCGUCAACUGGUAUGCCAAGCAAUACCACCUCCCCGCGCAAAAGCUCUUGCCCACGGGCCUCCCUUGGGCGUCCAUCCUCGCACACACUGGGCCCCGCGGUACGCAGGAUCCCAGCAAAUCGCAGCGUUUCAUGUUCUACGGCCGUGUGGCCCCCGUCAAGGGCAUCACGACCAUCGUGGAAGCCAUCCGUCUGCUCUUUGAGGCCCACCCCACCGCUCGCUUUCUCUUUGCUGGCCCUGAUGGCUUUUGCCCCGAUCACAAGUUUGAGUGUAUCAAGGACAUGUUGGGCAAGAAGCAUGCUCGUCGCAUCACAUUUGCCCGCCCGCACCCGCGUGACAAGCUGGCGCAGCUCGUCACAGACGUCCGCGCCGCCAUCUUCGCCUCACACUACGAAACCACGGUUCUCGCUGCACACGAGCUCUAUUACCAACACGUGCCCCUCAUCGUCCCUGCCGAGGCCCCUCUCAACGAGUACUUUACCGAACGCAACGCCAUCACCUAUCGUCCCCGUGAUGCGCACGCCCUCAAGGACGCCAUGCUCCGCGCGCUCGAUGAUCAGUCCCCUGAAUUUCGUCGCGCCGCGCUGACCCCAGACCUCGAGUAUACCUAUGACGAUAGCAUCUACACCAACGUGCGGGUUCCAGAGGUGGAGGUGGAUGAGCAUCACUAUGCUCGACUACUGGAUCGAGCCCGGGAACUCAUGGAGACGUACUAA